ACUUUGUUGGUCUCGGGGCAGUUAAUCCAUGGGUGUCAGAAGCAACGUGACUGAGUUUAUUUUAUUUGGCCUUUUUCAGAGCAGAGAGAUGCAGCAUGCAUGCUUUGUGAUAUUCUUCCUCUUUCAUGUGCUCACUGUCCUGGGGAACCUUCUGGUCAUCACCACCAUCAAUUCCAGCAAGACCCUGAAGUCUCCCAUGUAUUUCUUCCUGAGCCACUUGUCUUUUGCUGACAUAUGUUAUCCAUCCGCUACCAUACCCAAGAUGAUUGCUGACACUUUUGUGGAGCAUAAGAUCAUCUCCUUCAAUGGCUGCAUGACCCAGCUCUUUUCUGCCCACUUCUUUGGUGGCACUGAGAUCUUCCUCCUUACAGCCAUGGCCUAUGACCGCUAUGUGGCCAUCUGUAGGCCUCUGCACUACACAACUAUCAUGGAUCGCCGGAAGUGUGGCCUGCUAGCUGGGGCCUCCUGGUUAGCUGGCUUCCUGCAUUCCAUCCUGCAGACCCUCCUCACGGUUCAGCUGCCUUUUUGUGGGCCCAAUGAGAUAGACAACUUCUUCUGUGAUGUUCAUCCCCUGCUCAAGUUGGCCUGUGCAGACACCUACAUGGUGGGUCUCAUUGUGGUGGCGAACAGUGGCAUGAUUUCCUUAGUCUCCUUCUUCAUCCUUAUCAUUUCCUAUGUUGUCAUCUUACUGAACCUACGAAGCCAGUCAUCUGAGGACCGGCGUAAGGCUCUCUCCACAUGUGGCUCACACGUAAUCACUGUCCUUUUGGUUCUCGUACCCCCCAUGUUCAUGUACAUUCGUCCUUCUACCACCCUGGCUGCUGACAAACUUAUCAUCCUCUUUAACAUUGUAAUGCCGCCUUUGCUGAACCCUUUGAUCUAUACGCUAAGGAACAACAAAGUGAAAAAUGCCAUGAAGAAGCUGUUUAGUUAGGCUCAAGAGGAGCUUAGGGGAGAAGUGACACUCCGAGAAUCUCAGUCCAGCCAGGAAAUUGGGAGACUUUCCAUCUUGUAGCAUCUAAAAUAGACUUUGUAUUUCCAGUUUGAUGUUUGCAAUGGAAACUGUCCUCCUAGCUCUUGUUGUUAUAAUAAUCCCACAUUUUCUUUCAAUCCUUUAUUCAUUAAAUAUGUAUUGAAUGUUUACAGUGAGUGAGAACAUAAAUAAAAGUAAGCCAUAAUCUUUCCCUCAGGGAGAGUACAGUCUAGAAGGCUCGUAGGGUGAUAUUGAAGAGCUCAUUCAGGAAACCUGUGAGGGCCUGUGAAUGAGGGAGUGUCUUGACAGUCCAGGUAUCUCAUUGAUAAAUGAAGAAAAUCACUGCACAAUCCCUUUGUGUUGGCUAACACAGUGCUCAAUGAAAUUCACUCUUUUAAGAAUAAAAAGCCACUUUACUCUUAUCCCUUCAUGCUCUCAGCAGGCAGAUAAGAAAAUAAGUAACAAAUAAUGUGGAGAGGUUAAGGGAUUUACUCAAAGUUAUACUUUAACUCCAGAGCAGGGUGAGGGCUAGAAUACAGGUCCCUAAGUUAGCUUUUAGGGCUUUUCUCACCUCAGGAUCUCUUGAUAAAGCAGGAACGAUCACUUCUGAAGGACCAAGGAAUGCCAGUGAUGAUGACUUCGGAUGAUGAAGAGAAGAGCCAGGAAGAACACGUUGUCAACACUUCUUUCUGUGGUGCUGAUUUUUCUCUCCAGCAAAACAGCUAACUGCAGCCCUCUGUAGCCCCUGUUGCUUUGCUCCAUUUUGCCACUGGAGGGAGCCAAGUUUGUGCAGGAUGCAAUUAGAAGAGCUGGAUUUGGUAUCUCUUGUAAACGUUCAUGGGUCAUUUAACCUCACUGGGCCUCAAUUUCCAUAUUUACAGAAGGAGACAUUGAUGAUACCAGCUUCAGAAGGCUGUGAGAAGACCUAUAAGACUUUGUAAAGACCUACAUCAAAGUCUGUUUUUCAAUGGUGGCUGCUAGCUCUGUUUUUAAAUAAUACCUUCUAUUCCUCUCCCUUCCUAUUCACCCCUCUAUCCCUGCCUUUCCCUCAAAGCCCUGGUUACCAAACUAUCAGAUUAUUUCAUGUACACUUAGCAUGUGCUGGGUGAUAUUCAUGGGGCUAGAAAUACAGCAAAAAAGGAAGCAGACAAAACUCCUUGUAAUUGUGGAGUUAACAUUUUAGAGUGUGAUAAAAGCUGACCCUUGCUGAAUUCUUCCAAUCUGCAGAGACUCUCCUAAAUGUUUUAAUUCUAUUUACUCCUUUCUUCCUUUCAACAACUUCAUGAAUGAGAUGUAAUCACCAGGAAUGUGAUGAGGUUUUGGUGAGAGCGGUGGUAAUAAAGAGGACUCAUUAGACUAUCUAAUGCCGAACAAACCCGGAUGCAAAUGUUGAUCCUGAUUCUGAAAAAAUAAUAGCAAUAAAAUGGCAGUUGACACCUUGAAAGCAUAAUAUUCUCAGAAAUUUUCAUACAUCAGCUUAAUCUGUUGAAUAAAUAACCCCCUUUUAAAACUCCUUGGAACAAUGUGGGAACAUGAAUGGUUAUUCAGGUUUAAAGGUAAGUGGAGAUACAGACGGGCUAAACUAUGUACAUAGGUCGCACACAGGACUUCUGAGUGCUAGUUUAGUGCUCUUUCUACUACUGCCUUCAUACAGUAUUUUAAA